UUUUGGUGAUAUAAAAGAACCGAACUCAGAAUCUGUUGUUUCCCUUAGAGACUAUGUAGAAGAGCAUGCAAAAGUUAUGAUUUAUGAAGCAUCUGAAGUAGCUGAAAGUCGAGGACAUGAUGCAAUCCGAGUAGAAAGUGUGCUUAUGUUGAUCACAUAUAACAAACAAAAAUUACAGCGACUUAUGAAUUACCUGAAACUCCAGGACUGCCCAAGUCCAAUUGAAAAUGAAGAAAUUUCUGUUGAAAGAUUACCUGAAACAAGCUUUGUUCGAACACACAAAAUGGUUCAUGCUUUGAAAAAAAAUGUAAUGCUCCAGGAAGUAGUGAUGCUUUGUAAAGGGAAAAUUCCAGACAAGCUUGAGUAUUUUUCUAAACUUAUCAAAAGAAAACAAUCAACAAUUUGUAACAUCAGCUUUGGAGAGUAUAGAGAGUUGAUAAAGAGAGAGAUGCAAAAUAAGCCUCUUUAUUUGCUACAUGAGUUCAAACCAUUCACUCAAUGGCUUUUCACUGAUAACAUAACAAACAAAAAACCAACAAAGAUGGCUUUUGAAGUUAUCAACUUUCUGACGUUGGAUUGUUUGCGACAGAUUGUUGAAGAAGUGUUUCUGUUAAGAGAAUAUCGUCUGCUGGCACCUUUGAUUAAAAAAGCAGUUGUGAAGGACUUUAGAAAAUAUGAAAUAGAGGACUUUCAUUUUGAUGAAUCAAACAAAAGUUCCAGGGUGAUGGACAACUUAAGAAACCUCGACAAAUGGACUCAAGACUUGCAGUUACUGAAUAAGAAGUACAUCAAUAGUAAAUUUGAUACAUUUUUAUUGGGGGAAAUUCCUUUGUCUGAGUUAAAUCCUGAUCCCCCUACAGAAACAUACUUUUUUUCCAGUAGGAGUGAAAUAGAUGAUUUACUUCCAGGGUUUGCAGAUCACAGAAAUAGUUUAGAACAUCUAAAGAAACAAUAUUUAGAAAAAAAAGAAGUUAUUGCAAACACUUCAAAUAAUGAUGAAACAAACAUGGAGGUGGAACUGUUCGAUGAGGGCAGUUCAGACUUUGUUAUUAAUGAAUCACCCCUCUCCUCCCCCACUGCGGUGUCUGAAUCAAAUACAUCCUUUCUCUCAGUCUCAGAUGAUGAAAGUCUUCCCCCUAUCUAUAAUUAUAUUGAAAAAUGUUUACAUGAUUCUAAUGAUGCAAUCACUAUGGACCAAAAUGAUAUUCUUCCUGCAGAAGUGGAUGAUUUGUCUUGUUUAGAAGUCUCAGAUAUUAGCUGCACAAGUACGGAAAUAGCUCAUGUGGAGGAUCCUCUUAUGGAUUUUUUUGACCAUAUUUCUUUUGAAAGCUUUAAUGCGGACGCACAGAAUAUGUGCUGUUCAUCUCCAAAGGAGUCAAAAGAAGACAAAACUGCAUAUGUAACAGCACAAAAAAAUGAAUCAAUGGUGGAAAGAACAUAUCAACUGCCCAUCCCCCCUGUCGAUGAAUCUAUUUCAAUUCUUCUAAAAAGUUCAAGUGACAAUACAGACGUAAAGCCCAAGUCCAAUUGGGAAAAAGCAUUUGAUUCAGCCCAUAAAGCAAAUUCUAUAGAAGGGAACAAGAAGAAAGGUGAUUAUGAGAUUGCUGAGUUAAAUGAUGGUACUUUUUUUGAACCUGUAUGUAAAGGGGAGUUACAUACUUCUCUUUGCAAAUUUAUGUGUAAUAUUCUGAAGGACACAAAAGUUGAUUGUAUAUUUGGCUCUUCAAAAGUAGUUGAAUGUGAUAGUAAGAAGAAAAGAGAAAAAACAAUAGGUGAUAUUUUUUUUUUGGCUGAAAGGGAGGAGGAGGAGGAUGUUGAAAUUUCAUUUGAAAAUGAAAAUGUGGUGCCUGAAGAGAGUGAUGAACUUGAUUCUGUACUUGGUAGUGAAUAUGUUCUCAGUGAUUCAAGUGAUGAUUUUUCCGACUUGGAAUUUAGUUCCCUUUCUCUUCUUGACUUAUCAGAUUCGGAAGAAAAAGAGAACCAGGGUGUGUGUGCUAAAAGAAAUGGAGACCUGUCUGAUAUUAUGCAAGCAACUUCGGAGGAGGGUGAUUUUUUAUUUUCUUCUGCUCAUAGGGAGAUACUUGAUGAAAAAGAUGAUUUUGAUUCUGACAAAGAAAAUGAAAGUUUAGGGGUAAAAUUUUUCAGUCUAGACCCCACACAGGGUAAUUUACCGCCUAAUUUUUCUUCAAAUUAUGAAAAAGAAAGUGAUCUAAAUUCUCCUUACCAUAUACGAUCUGAUGAUGAGAUCACAUUAUGUUCUGAUAUUUUAUCAGACAUGGAAGUUGAUAAAAGUGAUGAAAACUCAUCUUACUCUCUCUCUGAAUCAUCCGAAAAUGACCAGAAGGAAGAAAGAGAAGAUAUUUUUGAUAGUGAAGCAUUAUUUAAAAGUUAUGGUAUUGAAGGUUGUUGCUGCUCGCCAGAAGAUAAAUCAUUAGGUAAGGUAAAUAAUGAACUUGUAGGAGAUAUUUUUUUUGAACAUAACUUAACUCCUACUCACACACACACCCAUGUAAAGGGUUCUGAAGCACAGGAAAUAGAAGGUACAUCCUUGGACGAUUUGAAUUUUAGUGAAAUCGAAACUGAUGAAUUUUGUCACACAUUUUUGAAUCUCAGUGAAAUUAUUUAUGCAGAAAAUUUAACUGAAAAGGAAUUUUCUUCUGUGUAUGUUGGAAAUGUUUAUGAUGUUCCUGAAUGGGAAGACAGCAGUGGAGGGAAUGAUAUUAGUUUUGAUGAAAAAAGAGAGAGAGGUGAUGAUAAUGGUUGUGAGCGACCCACACUCAACACACAUAUUGAUCAUGUUGAUAAAGAUGGUGAUGAUAAUGUUCAAAACAACACAGAAGGGCAUGUUGAAGAUGACGUGGAGGUUAAAGAUGUAUCUGGUAGUUAUACAUUAAAUGUGAGCAAUAGCAGUGAUGAUUUGAAUGAAGAUGACAUAAAGAUUUCUGAAGAUGAUGAGAUUGAAAGUGCUGAGAAGCCAGUUGAUAGUAUUACAAGACAUUUACGGGACGAGUUGUUUUUUGGUGAGGGUGCACAUGAACUCCCUGGAUCCUGUGAAAUUUCAAUUGCUAAGGCUGAAAACAGAAAUCCAGAGGUAGACAAAUUCUUCGAGGAGAGAAAAAUAAAAAUAAAAUCGACUGAGGAGCAAGAGAAAGAAGUUGUACGGGCGUCAGAGAUGAGCCGGAAAGUUAGCAGAAGAAAAAAAAGAAAAUUAAAACUGAUUGAAACUGAGGUAAGUAUCUCUUAAACGAUGAUUCAAUUUAUUA